AUGCCUCUCUAUCUGACCGCGGCCCACUCCUCGCGCGUCAGUAAACCGGCCCAGCGGUCCACCAGUAACAACAGCAGCACCCGCCGACAUUCUGCCUCACCCUUCGCGAACAUUCCUCGCACCAAAGCAUCCGCCUCGAGGGCCAAGUCACUCUCCGAAACUCUCGACGAUGGCGACGAUGACGAGCAAUGGCUGGAGACUACUGGAAAGGUCCUCCCCACACUCUCCGUCGAUGGGGCCAAGGAUGUUCUUUCCGCCAUGCAGCAUGCGCGCGCUACCAUGUUCGCUGCUCUUCCAGAUCGAGCGGGCAUGAACAGCGUACGCAUCGCCGAGGUGCUGAACUUCCAGAAGAACCUUCCUGCCAUCGUGUCUCUGGCUCAUGUCCAUGCUGUCGUAUCGGCGUCCUCCAAGACCGAGCGCCAGCUUGCCACACUCCAGGCCGCUGGUAAGGUGCGCAAGCUCAGAAUAGCCGGCCGAGGUAAUGACAUUAGCGGCACGAGUGAGGUGCUGAUUACCAUGAACGAUUUGCAACUCUUGCUGGAGCAAAGUAGAGUUGCAGCAGAGGUGACUUCCGAUUUCUGCAAUCUUCUGCUCCGGCAACCUAGGGCCACAUCAAUCCCUGCUCAAGCUCUACCCGCUUCUCAUGUGACUGCCUUGACACGAACGGGCUUCCUUGUUUCUGCGUCUCUGUCUGGUUCCCGCAAUCUUUCGUUAGCCGGCUCAUCCCUUGUGGGCAUGGAAAAGAUCUCUCGUGCAGCGUCCGGCACUCCCAAUGCUGUAGGCGGAGAAGCAGCGUUCGAAAAUCUGGGCGGGACAGGUGGUGCGAAGCGUCCUACGUCUGGAGCCCAGAGCACCUUGGGCGGUGAUUUGACAUUGUCGGUGCCAAACCUGGGCCCGUACCUCAGAUUGCUCAACGCUGGACGUGCCCACCUGCUUGAGCUUUUGGGCAAGUCGAAAUACAAGGAAGGCCCCUUAUACCUCCUAAGAGAGAAAUGGGAUGGUGCCGUUGAUUCGGACAACCGUGUUUCCUCUGCAAAGCGUCUCCGAGGAGAAUUUUCUUCGGUCCUGCCAGCCAAGACAAAGAAAUGGAAAGACCUGUAUGGCCUUAACUUCGACUGGGUGGUUGAAGAAUGUCUGGGAGCUGGCUUGAUUGAGCUUUUCGAGACCAAAAGUGUCGGUCUUGGUAUAAGAUCUCUGGGCUGA